UUGAUUGCGAUGAUUCCCAGGAUACAACAUUAUCCACCUGUGGAAAGGAUUGUACAACAAUGUCUUCACCAUUUUAUGAAAAGGCUUAAAGCCAAAUCAAAUUUCUAAGUAUCUUAUCUAUUUCCAAUGGAAAAGGGUAUGGUAGCAAGUGACUCUCGGUUUUGCCACUUCCCUUUCAAUAAGACAACAUUUUUGAAGCUGUGUCACAUCUUAGUGGGCACACGAAUGCGUCGUCACCGAAGCCCCGCCCACAAAGGGUGGCAAAGUGAUCCAAUUGGACUUACGUCAUGACGUUGCACGCACGUUUUUGUUGUGGAGCGCGCCAAAGGGCCACCGUGGAAGUGCUAAAAACUCUGCAAGUAUUUCUCCCAGCUUUGAGCUAAAAUUCCCGGUCUACGAGACAUAUGGCUUCUACAAACAAAGGGCCGUUACAGUCCAGAAACUUACCGUGGGUUGAAAAAUACAGGCCACAGAAACUAGAUGAUCUGAUCUCACACAAAGACAUUCUGAGCACAAUCCAGAGGUUUAUCAGUGAGGAAAAGCUCCCCCACCUCUUGUUCUAUGGCCCCCCCGGAACCGGUAAGACCUCCACCAUCCUCGCCUGUGCCAAGCAGCUGUACAAGGAAAAGGAAUUCAACUCCAUGGUGUUGGAGCUAAACGCGUCAGACGACCGAGGUAUCGAUGUGGUACGAGGUCCAGUUCUGAGCUUCGCCAGCACCAGGACCAUCUUCAAGAGGGGCUUCAAGUUGGUGAUACUGGACGAGGCCGAUGCCAUGACCCAGGAUGCCCAGAAUGCAUUGCGACGAGUGAUUGAGAAGUUCACCGAAAACACUCGCUUCUGCCUCAUCUGCAACUACCUGUCCAAGAUCAUCCCAGCUCUGCAGUCUCGAUGCACCAGAUUUCGCUUCGGCCCGCUGUCCCCAGACCAGAUGAUCCCUCGGCUGGAGUACGUGGUCCAGCAGGAGAGUCUUGACAUAAAUCCCGGUGGAAUGAAGGCCAUUGUGACCUUAUCAUCGGGCGACAUGAGAAGAUCGCUCAACAUACUGCAGAGCACCAGCAUGGCGUACGGGAAGGUCACAGAGGACACGGUGUACACCUGCACAGGUCACCCCCUCCGCUCGGAUAUAGCCAACAUCCUCGACUGGUCCCUCAACAAAGACUUCACCACGGCGUACAAGCGUAUCCUUGGAGACACUCCGCAGAAGCAAAUCCUUCAGCUGAAGACGUUGAAAGGUUUGGCCCUGAAUGAUAUCCUCACUGAGGUCCAUCUGCUCAUACACAGAGUGGACUUUCCUCCAGCGAUUCGGAUCGGUCUGCUCAUCAAGCUCGCUGACAUCGAACACCGGCUCGCCUCGGGGACCAAUGAGAAGAUCCAGCUGAGCUCCAUGGUGGCCGCGUUCCAGGCCGUCAGAGACAUGGUGGUCAGCGAGGCCUCGUAGACGCACGGCGCGGCGAGGUCCCUUCUCUUCGGCUCCAACCCGACUUUACUUACAAAUUCCUGUGUUCACAAUGUGCCUCAAAGGCUCUGUUACAAAUACAACUGAGAACAUGUACAUGUGUUAGAAUCUGUUUAAUAAAACUAUUUCCUUUUG